UCCCCCCCAUCUUUACCUGCUACCACCACUUCACUACAUCACAUCACAAUGGUUGUCCUCAUCGCCAAGUUCAAGGCCGUCGACCUCGCCGCCGCCGACAAGCUCGAGCAGCACCUCAAGAACAUCCAGAACAUCUCGCUCACUGACGCCGAGCCCGGAUGCUCCGUCUACCAGGGCCAGCGCAGCGACAAGGACCCCCUCGAGUUCCUCAUGUACGAGGAGUACGACGACAAGGCGGCCGUUGAUGCCCACAUGGCCUCGGCCCACUUUGGCAAGCUCGCCGCCGACGCGCCCAACCUCAUCGCUGGUGGCCCCGCCGGCAUCGACAUCUCCUUCUGGACCCGCUUCUAAGCGGCUCGGAGCAGGGGGUGAGGGGCGUGAGCCCGGAGCCGUCGUCGCAGUAUCGAGAGAGAUGUAAGAAGUUUUUAGCAGCCUAGAGAGUGGACGGUGUUGCGAGUGGACGGGUGGUGCACGCCUGUUGACUGGCUAGGCCUGCAUGCCACUGCGGGGCCGUUCGCCGCUGCUUUGUCCCUCGCUGACGCCGAGGCCGCCGUCCAUGGCCGUGGCCGCACCGGUGACGAUGGCCGUUUGAUGCCGGCUGACUCGGGUAGUAUUGCCCCCCUUUACCCGGCCACCGUUUCGUCCACCUUUGUGCCCUUCGGUGCGC